AUGGCACAAAUGAGAUUCGAGGCUGUGGGGUCUCUGGGGGACCCCGCCCCCCAGCUCGAGGGCGCGUUAAAGCUGAACCAGAAUAUUCGCUGUAACGCCAUCACAGGCACGCGACCUGGUGUUUUGCUUCCUCAAGACACCUCAACACCUGGUACUCCAACUUUGGGCAAACGCAAACGGGAUGAUACUUUCCAGAGUGAUCUUCUAAAGCACAUUUCAUUGAAAGAUAUUCCAGACUCGGUCUGCUAUCGUGAUAUUGAACUUUUCUACCUGAAAGACCCUCAAAGUAAACGUGAUGUCCUCUGUGCCAUCAUUGAGUUUCGGAAUCUCAAAGGUCGACCGGAAGGCGCUGACGGAACCAAGUUUUUCAUGCACGGCGAUUAUCAACUGGCAUAUUGCCCGAUAGCUCAAAUUAUUGCCUUCGCUUUCCGCGAUGGAGCUUUUGCCAAUACCGACCUCACCCCAGAGCUCAUCUGGCGGCUUCGGGUUCCAAAAGGUAGUUCAUCUCUUCCCAUCCGGUGGAAGCCCGAAGUUCUUAAUCUACCCCACCUUCGACGUCUUGAACGCACGCCAUACGGCUACGGACUCGAUAGGUCUUUGCCAAUGACCUACGAUUCUAGUCGGCAGGCGCUCAAGGAGUUGGGCCGAGAUGCUAGAUUUGAAGACGAUAUUGGGCAUUACAAUUUUCGCCGUUGGACCGCAAAUGAAGUCAACAAACAUUUUACCAGCCAGGAGCGACAAAGGGUGCUCGGUCAGUCUGGUGACGCAAUUUUUGAAAAGCAUUACCAAUCGCAAUUCAUUACGCGCGACCUUCAGCAUGUCGUUCUUCUUAGACCCUCCCAAGAAGGCCUGAUUAAGCAAAUGCUUCUCCGCGAAUCUGAUGUUGAGGAACGUGAUGCUGAUAGUUUUCCUGAAGAAGACUGGGAUCUCCCUACCCCGGACUACGUGUUUCCUGAACGAGCUCGACUUGUGGAGAACUUUUAUGGUCCUAACGCAGAAGAUUUUCAUGAGGACAAAUUACUUGCUCGACGCAUCCAGGUUACCAAGGACUUGGUUGCGCUUUUACUGCUUUGCGAGCCGAGCAAGCGAGGCAACCGUGUUAAUUGGGAUCUCGAUGCAGAGGAAGACAUACCUAUUCUUGCGAUCUCUCUGGGCUUAGCAAUAGUGAGCUCGGGCUGA